UGCGAUUUCCAGAUGGAUACACAUCCAACUUCCACAAAAUUGUUGGCUUAGAGAAGUUGUCAAUAAAAAAUAUGAAGAGUCAUGAUUGUCACGUAAUCAUGCAACGUUUACUCUCAGUUGCUCUGAAGAAAAAUCUUCUGGAUCAUGUAUGGGCGUGUAUUGCUGAUGUUUCGCAAAUUUUUCAGUUAAUAUGUUCGCCUGUACUAAACAAGAAAUCGUUUGAUGACCUCCACCGCAACCUUCCCAUUAUAAUGUGUAAUCUCGAAAAAGUGUUUCCUCCAUCUUUUUUGAUGGAAUGGAGCAUCUACUUAUCCAUCUUCCAUGGGAAGCUAUAAAGGGAGGUCCACCAUUUUAUAAAUGGAUGUAUAGCUUUGAGAGUUUUUUGCGGGAACUCAAAAAAAGUGAUAAAUCUAGCUCACAUCGGAGCUUCUAUCUGCCAAGCAUACCUCACAGAAGAAGUUUCUACAUUCUCUUCUUUCUAUUUUGAAAGAGAUGUCAUUACCAAAC